AUGGAUAAAUAUGAAGAAAUUAAAACCAUAGGUAAAGGUUCAUUUGGUAGAGCGAUUUUAGUUAAAAGGAAAUCAGAUGGUCUUUUAUUAGUUUUAAAAGAAAUAAAUGUUAUGGAAAUGCAACCAAAAGAAAGAAGCGAUGCUAUGAAUGAAGUUAAUUUAUUAUCAAUGUUAGAUCAUGAAAAUAUAAUUGGAUAUUAUGAUAGUUUUAUAUUAAAUGGUUGUUUAUAUAUUAUAAUGGAAUAUGCAAAUGCAGGUGACAUUAAUUUAGAGAUUAAAAAGAGGACAUUACAAAAUAAAACAUUUUCAGAAUUUGAAAUAUUAUCAUGGUUUUCACAGAUUUGUAAAGCACUUCAGUAUAUAUCAAGUAGGAAUAUUUUACAUAGGGAUUUAAAGACACAAAAUAUAUUUCUAUCAAUUGUAAAUGGUGAUUACUUUAUAAAAUUGGGUGAUUUUGGUAUUGCGAAAAUUUUAAAUUCAGAAACUAGUUUAGCGUCAACUGUAUUGGGUACACCAUAUUACCUAUCACCUGAACUAAUUCAAAAUGAGAAAGGUUACGAUCACAAAUCCGAUAUUUGGAGUUUAGGUUGUGUUUUAUAUGAAUUGACAACUUUAAAACAUGCUUUCAACGCCGCCAAUUUACCUGCAUUGGUUUUAAAGAUUUUAAAAGGUACUUAUCCACCAAUACCAUCGCAUUAUUCAAAUGAUUUAAGAAAUUUAAUAUCUUCAAUGCUUCAAAUAGAUCCAAAGAAUAGACCAUCUGUAAAUGAUAUAUUGGAAUUACCUUUUAUAAAUCAAUAUUUAGGUAUACCUUUAAAACCUUUUGACUCAAAUCUUAAUGAAAAUAAUAAUGAUUCUUUAAAUAUUUCAAAUAAUUCAAGUGGAAGUAAUAAUAGUGCUUCUAAUAAUAUUUCAUCAUCAACUGAAGUUAAAGAUCAAAAAUUUCAAAAUAUACCUUUAGCAAUGGCAAGAAAUAUUAAUAAUAAUAAUAAUAAUAAUAAUAAUAAUAAUAAUAAUAAUAAUAAUAAUAAUAAUAAUAAUAAUAAUAAUAAUAAUAAUAAUAAUAAUAAUAAUAAUAAUAAUAAUAAUAAUAAUAAUAAAUCAAAUGUAGAUGAUGUUAAUUCUUCAUCUACUACUACUACUAGUAGCAGUAUUGUUAAAUCGAAAGUAAAUACAACAGUAUCACCACCAUUAUCACCAAAGAAACCAAUAACAACAACAACAACAAAAACAACAAGUUUAAAAACAACACCAUCAAUUAAACCAACUUUAGUUAAAACACCAACUAUUAAAUCAUCUUUGGUCAAAACACCAUUAUCAAAAACUCCAAUUAGUGGAACAAAGAAUCCAACAACUUCAAAAAUAACGCCAUCAAUUAAAACACCUUUACCAAAAGCUCCAAUUUCAUCUAAAACACCAACUCGUUUAGUUAGUAAACCGACAACACCAAAAAUAACUACACCAAAAUCAACAUCAACUAUGAUAACACCAAAAAGAACAACUACAACUACAACCACACCAACUCCAACAACAGCAACAACUACACCUAAAAAAUCAUCAUUAUCAUCUUCCUCUUCAUCAUCAGUUAAACCACCACCACCAACAACAACAACAACAACACCAUCUAAAGAUAGAUCAUCUGUAAAUACAAUUAAUAAACCAAUGGCAUCAAAUUUAUCUUCACAAAUAUCUUCAUCAUCGUCAUCGUCGUCGUCGUCAAACUCACAAUUUAGACCAACUACUCCAUCAAAAGAAAGAAUGUCACCUACAUCUACAUCUACAAAAUCACCAACUAAUCCAUCGCCAACUUUAUCAUCCUCUUCAUCAUUACCAAAAUCAUCUUUGAAAUCGGAUAGUUUAUGUACAUCACCACCAAGAUUUUCAAAUACUACAGGUAGUAGUGGUGGUAUUGGAGUAAGUGGUAAUGGUAAUAGUAAUGUUAAUAGUACAGUAUUAAAUAGAUCAGUUUCGUCUUUAAGUAUUCAACAUAAACCAACGAAUAGUGGUAGUAGUAGUAUUAGUAGUAGUAGUAGUGGUAACAAUAGUAAUAGUAAUACUACUACUAAUAACAACACAACUUCAACAACACCUAUAAGACCAGGACUAAAAAGUACAAAAUCAAUGCUUGAAUUAUCAACACCAACUUCAAUUAGUACUUCAAAUAAAAGUACAACUACAACACCAACUUCGAGUAGGUCAAAUACGCCAUCAACAGGUAGAUUAUCAUUAACUACUUCAAUCCCAAGACCACCUUCCAGUAAUGGUAGUAAUACAGGUUCAUCAUCAUCAACAACAACAACACCAACUAAAAUUUCAACUACAUCAUCAUCAUCAUCAUUAAAUAAAUUAACUACACCAAUUAAAUCAUCAACAACAACUUCAACAACAGCUUCAACCAAUUCACAAACAAUAAAAAAAAGUAUAACACCAAUUAAAGUGACAUCACAACAAGUGGAUUCUACAAUUUCAAAUAUUAAAAAUAAUAUCGUAAUUGGAAAUAGUGUUUCCACUAAAACAAAUAUCUCUGUUAUUUCUCAUUUAUCACCAUCAAUUAAACCAUUACCUACUCAAUCAAUAAUAACACAAUUACCAACAUCAGCAUCCACAGCAUCCACAGCAUCAACAACCAAUACAACUUUAACAAGUGGUACUAAUACAAUGACAACUAAAAAAAGAACCGAUUUUAAAUUGGAUGAUUUAGGACAUAGAAGUAAAUUAAAUUCUGUUAAAUUAUCAAGUAAAUCCUCUUCUCCAAUCAAAACAUCAUCAUCAUCAUCAUCAUCAUCAUCAUCAUCAUCAUCUAUUACUGAUAAAAAAUCUAUAAAUAGAGUGAAAUUAAAUAAUUUAAAAGAAAAAAACAAAGAAAUAAUUAAUAAUAUAAAAAUUAGUAGUACUAUUCCUAAACCUAGUAAUAUAAAUAGUAGUAGUAGUUCAGCGUUUAGUGAUUUAAAUAGUAGUGGUAGUUCAAGUUUAAAUAAUAGUUUAACAAGUAGUAGUAGUUCAAUUAUAACUAAUCAAAAUAAUCAAAAUAAUCAAAAUAAUCAAAAUAAUCAAAAUAAUCAAAAUAAUUUAAAAAUUAUAAAUGAAUUAAUAUUACAAAAUAAUUUAAAUAAUUCAAUUUCAAAAGAGAAUUUAGAUGAUAAGAGAUUACAUAGUCGUGCAAAUGCUUUAAGACAUUUUUGUUCUUCAAUUUUUGGUGAGGAUAAAUUUAAAGAAACUUAUAAUCUAUUAAAGAGUCAAUCACCCUCAACUUCAAACAAUGAAAUAGUUGAUAUUGCAAGCAUUGAGAAUCAAUUAUCUCAAUUGAUUGGUGAUAAAAUUUAUUAUUUAAAAUAUUUACAACAACUUAUUUAUUGUGAGUCCCAAAUUUAA